AGGCGACGGUCGGGUCUUGUGACGUUUUGCCCGUAAUAGUGGUCGCAAUUGGUGUUUUUUCUACGCACGUACGAAUUGUGGAAGAAGUGCUUAGUGAUUUCGGUGUUUUCGUUGUAAACUUUGGCAAUGGCAUCGUUUUUUAACGUAGGCUCCUUGGGUGGGAACCCAUUCUCGACUCCAGUUGGACAACGGAUUGAGCAAGCCACAGAUGCUACUCUUGCGUCGGAGAAUUGGGCGUUAAACAUGGAAAUAUGCGACAUGAUUAAUGAAUCUUCGGACACAGCCAGGGAUGCAAUGAAGGCAAUCAGGAAAAGGCUCUCUCAAAAUGCUGGGAAAAACCAUACGGUGGUGAUGUAUACACUAACUGUCUUGGAGACAUGUGUAAAAAAUUGCGGAAAGGCUUUUCAUGUAUUGGUAGCUAAUAAAGAAUUCAUACAAGAACUUGUUAAAUUGAUUGGACCUAAAAAUGACCCACCUACCGGCGUUCAGGAAAAAGUUCUUAGUCUCAUUCAAGUAUGGGCAGAUACAUUUAAGAACCAAUCGGAUCUGAGUGGGGUUGUUCAGGUAUAUCAGGAACUUAAGAAUAAAGGAAUCGAAUUUCCAGUUACAGAUUUGGAUUCUAUUGCACCAAUUUACACUCCACAAAGGAGUGUUCCAGAAUCUUCAGUGCUGCCUCAGGAAGCAUCUACAGAGUCUCCAGAGUCGCCUCGUGCAUUUUCAUCGACCCCUAAGCAAAUGGCGAAAAUUCGUGCUGAUUUAGAAAUUGUAACAAUGAAUAUGGCCAUCUUGAGUGAAAUGCUAACCGAACUAAAACCUGGGGAAGAAGAUCCCAAGGAUUACAAAUUGCUAACCGAUUUAGUGGCAACAUGCAAGGAAAUGCAAGAAAGAAUUAUGGAUUUGAUAGGAUUAGUGCGUAACGAUGAAGUAACGGCUGAAAUGCUGCGUAUAAAUGAUGAAUUAAACAACCUGUUUCUGAGGCAUUUGCGGUUUGAAAAAAAUCGCGAUCUAAAGAAUUACAAUGCACCGUCAGCAGUUCUGGGUGCAGCAAUGGGGAUACCAGCUGCAAACACUACAAGUAAUAAUCGGGAGCAAGAUUCAUUGAUCGAUCUAAGUGAUGGCGCUGCUGGUGGUUCAGAAGAUUUACCCACGAAAUUUUCAGGAUUGGACGUCGGUACAGCCUCUUCGCAACUUUCUAAAAUUGAUACAGUUACGGCUGCAUCAGGGGCAACUAUAAAAGGAAAUGACAUUGACGAAUUCGACAUUCUGGCGCAAUCGCGGAACGUUGGCUCCGAAGUUGGUAUCAACCCGCCUGCAGUUAAACCUCAAAGUCAAAAUACUCCAGCGAAGAACAAUGAUAUUCAUACGGCGAAUGAAUCAGAAUUUGACGAGAUGGCUGCGUGGUUAGAUACUUCCAAAGAUGAUGGAACAGAGGAAACCCUGACAAGUACAGAGUUUGACAAAUUCCUGGCUGAACGAGCAGCUGCUGCUGAAAACUUGCCGACCGUAUCUACAAAUCAAAGCGGUGGAGGGGACUCGAAGAAAAAAGAUGAUAAAAACGUACUAAUUGCUUGAGUUAUACUGUCAAACAUCUAUAAAUAUUAUGUUACGAUAAUUAUUCAUAAGUAAAUAAAGGAAACACUACCAUUUGAUUGAAAGCCAUAUAUUAAACAUAUGUGUAAAAUACAAUUUCGUUAUUAUAUAUUUGUUAUAUUAUUAUUUGUUUUGCAAGUCAAACAUAAUGUAUAUGAUAUAUAGUUGACCAAACUUUCUACAAGUAUUUUUAAAUGCAAAUUAUGAGUUUCGGAAUUCGUUUGAUUUAGUUCAACGAAUACAAUUUUGGGUAAAGUACCACUGAAAUUAACCAAAUUAAGUAGAAGGGAGGUGUGUAUAUGUUUUUUUCUUGUUGAUGGGCAUAUAGAUAAGCGUAAUAUUUCUCAUUCACUCAAUUAGACCGAUAAUAUGCUACUUUACAAAUCUUUAAAUGUCGGCUUUUUUUGUUUCUAGAUUUUUCUUUCAAUUUUCCAUACUCUAUUUGAAGUAUCGAUCUUUAUAUAGCACCAAUUUGCAUUUUCAAAAUGCGUAUUCUUACGUUAAGAAUUUCUUCAUUUUUUCGAUAAAAUGAGUUACCCUUAGGUUUUUUAAGCAUCGUGGUGUAAAUUUUAAAAUUUUCUAUUUCCCUACAUUUUCUGACAAUUUUGAACCGUUCUAUAUACGUUGGAUUCUAUUUAAGCAUGUGUAUUUUAAAUUGUUUAUAACGGAAAAUUGAAUGCCUACGUAUUUGCAUAAGUUGAAUUUAGUUCUAUCUAAAUGUGUUAAAAUUAACUGUAAAUUGAAUGUGCACUGAUAAAAAUUAAAUUUGUUAAUGAUCAUGA